UACUUGCUUGACAGGUCCACUAACCUUCAAUUAUAGUGCUCCCUAUUCUGAAGCAAGCAUACCAAAAUUUCAAUUGAAUCCGUAUUCAUGGACGAAGGUAGCUAGCAUAAUAUUUCUAGAUUCUCCUGUGGGUACUGGCUUCUCAUAUGGAACAACUUCGGAUGCAUAUUAUAGUGAUGAUAUAUUACAAUCACAACACAUUUACGAAUUCUUGCAAAAGUGGCUUACGGGACAUCCUAAGUUAAAAGCAAAUCCACUGUAUGUAGCAGGGGACUCAUACUCAGGGUUGAUUGUUCCGAUUCUUGUCCAAGAAAUUUUGGAUGGGAACAAGAAGAGACACAUGCAAAAAAUAAAUUUGAUGGGAUACAUACUAGGAAACCCUGUUACAGAUGGCGACAUAUCUACAAAUGAAAGAAUAAAGUAUAUGCAUCGAGUGUCACUAUUGUCUGAUGAAAUUUAUGAGUCUGCUAAAGCAAAUUGCAACAACGACUUUGCAAAUAUAGAUGCCAAUAAUACAAAGUGCUUGGAGUCUUUUGAAGCCAUUACAGAAAUAAGAGCUUCAGUAAACACACCACAUAUCCUAGAAUCUAAGUGCAUAUAUGUAUCUCCCAAGCCAGUUAAUAAGGUUCCUAUCGCAGCAGAACGAUGCCGGAGCCAACAUUACAUGCUCUCCUACACUUGGGCUAAUGAUGUGGAAGUUCAAGAGGCACUCCAUGUUCGAGAGGGAACCGUUGAUUUAUGGGUUAGAUGCAAUCGGAGCUUGUCAUAUACAUUAAGUGUUCGAAGUAGUAUAAGUUAUCAUCGGAAUUUCGCAAAAACGCUCCUUCGUGCACUAAUCUACAGUGGUGAUCAAGAUGCCGCUAUAUCAUACGUGGACUCACUGGAGUGGAUAAACCAAUUAGAACUUUCAACAGACACGCACUGGAACCCAUGGUUUGUUAAUGGACAAGUUGCUGGAUAUGUUACAGAGUACUUGCGCUUUCCUUAUCGCUUAACAUUCACUACUAUCAAGGGAGGAGGCCACACUGCUCCAGAGUAUAAGCCUCGAGAAUGCCUUGCCAUGAUAGAUAGGUGGCUUAACUUAAGCCCUCUGUAAUCGUUCAUAUUGUAACAAAAAAAAAUGUUGUAAUAUAAAUAUAAAUUUAAAUUGUGAAGGGACUUGUGUCUUAUUCUAGAGGCAUUAAUAAGAUUUGAAGAACAUAAUUAAGCGAAAGGUCUACUAGGAAACAUGCUG